AUGAAACACUCUGAGUUCGAGUUCCCCGCAACCGUUGCUGUUUCCAGCGCUGUACCCGACGACGUCGUUUUCUGCGGCAAAGUCAUAACGCGCCGAACCGAAAGCGAGACGCGGUUACUGUUGAGGUCGGAUUCUUCAGGUCGAACCAACGGCUUCGUGGCGUGGCUCCGGUCGCCUUCCGGGAGGGAGAGUAGGUGCCGGAGGAGCGAGAGUUUCAGCCGGCGGUAUAACGGGAUGUUUGGGGCGGUGAUGAAGUUUCCUCUGCAAAUGGAAUUAGGUGACAUUAAGAUGAGGCAGGAACGGAGAGAGUCGCGACCUCCGCCGCCGAGAGUUAUGGUGAAGAACGACGGCGGAGAGAGUUGCUGGGAACUGGUUCGACCAUUGAGGCGUAGGGGAACAUUAAAAAAUGCCUUGUUUGGAUGCAUUCCCAUUGUUUAG